AACGCAGCCGCUCACCGCGACUAUAGUCAGUUAACCGCGCAAGUCCAUGUUCAAACGCCGAACGUUGCGCGAGAGUAAACAACGAUUUUUUUAAUACACCGUCUAACGUAUACGUUGGAGUUACGUUAUUGUUAUCGGCAUUUUGAUAAGGCUAUUUUUGUUGGACCUGGCUUGUGAGAGUUUGUGCAGAAAAAUGGAUAAGAAAUAUCAUUAACAGUAAGGGUUGUUCCCGAUUCCAGAGUACCCGGAGUUAGAGGCGGGCCAAGGCAUGUGGUCAGCCGCCCUCGAAGUAAUCUUGACGACCCUGCGAUAUCUGGCACCGGCGACACUGCUAACGCUAUUCUGGGGUCAACAAAGUUUCCUGUUCAAGCUAUUGAAGAGCGUCGACUCUGCUUUUAGAGCUAUCGUAUUUUCAAGCGAAGGACAAAAGCAAGAAGUGUUGCAAUGGCUGGCGGAAGCCGGACCCGUGCGAAUCGAACACCUAGAGACUGUGUGGCGGCACGGGUGGAUCCUAUGUGGUGUGUUAGACUCCGCACUGCCAGGCGCCUGCGCCGGACAUCCACCUACGAGGCUUUCUUUGAAACAUGCUCAAGCGAUCGCUGAUCAUUAUCUUGGCGUUGAACCCGUCUUCUCCCGUCAAGAACUAGAAUCCAAUGGCGCUUUAAGCAGACAUCAAGAAUGGAAACUAGCUACAUACUUAGAUCGAAUUCGACAAGCUCUAGCCAAAUUAACACCUCCGGUUUCUAAACCGCAGUCUCAAAGAACUUCACCAGAAGCCAUUCAAUUUACACUCGACUUUAUAGCCAAAGGGUCAGGCCUGAUAGCAGCCCAAGUCAAAAAUAAAGCGCAAUUCAAGGUAUGCCCGACGUCGCAGCAAUCUCUAGAUCCAGGUGAAAUAACAAUUCUCAUAAGAGGUCCAAAAGACACCUACGGAAUGAGCGUGAUACCUCCAGUUUUGGGAAAGGCUCAACUAAUCAGGAAGAAGUUGUUGGGGUUGCAAACAAAACCAAACUUGACGGAAAAUGCUUUACCUAUUACUCAAGGAACGACGUACUUAAGAAACUACGGAAAGAACGACAUGACUAAAACCUACUAUAUUCCGAAAUCACAGUACGAUAUUAACAUCGAAACAGAAACUUCAAUAGAUCAUGCUAAAAUAAGCUACACUGUAAAUUUAGAAGGCAAAUACGAGAUUUAUAUUACCAGUCGAGGUCAAAAUAUUGUUGGAUCACCGUUUACAGUAACUGCUGCGAAUAAUGUAAUAGAUAUUUUUGAGAAAGAUAAUGAAUGGUUGGAGCAUGGGGAAGAAAUUGACAUAGUGGAUGUUAAAACUGACAGAAAAGUUAUUCUAAGAAUAGUUGAUUUUGUCACAGAAAAGAUGUUAUUGAAUGAAAAUGGUGUCUUAGAAAAAAUAAGCGACGACGAUGCGAAACUUUUGAUGUCCACUGACGGGCUUGAUGCGAAAACCGAUCUAAACGACAGAAUAAAAAAGGCUAUAAAAACUAUAAGCACCAAAUCUAAAUCAAAUGGCUUUAAAGAAACUGCGAGAAAAAUAGUGCAAAUGAACAGAGUCUGCAAUGUCAUGAAAGGCCUUGUUGCUCAGAAACCUAAAAAAACAAAGAAACAAAAUAGUCUUGAGCAAUCAAAUGAACGAGAUGCAGCUUUUUCUCGCCCAAGAAGCCAGCAAGAUGUCCCAGACAUAGUGAAUUCUACCUUCAGUGAUAUGAAAGUAAACCCAUUCGUUACUGAAAAACGAGAUAAGUUUAUUGUACCUAAAAACAUAACUGUCUCUCUUUAUACUGAAAAAGCAAUGCCUUUGUAUGAAGACAAUAUUCGGAAAUCCUCUACCGACCUGAAUAAUAGUCCUUUGACUCUGUGUACUAAUGAUGAUGCAGCAGAUAGUCUAACUAAUUAUAGUGAAUACCAAGACCAAACCCAAGAUAACAUUUUAACAGGUAAAGCGAGGACCUGCAGCAACCCUUUCUUAACCGAAAUGUGUAUCCAAGACUAUGCAAUUGAAAAGGAAUUGCGUUCAUUUGUAAACACGGAAUAUGAGACAAAUAAUUCGCAACACGAAGAAACUGAAGAUGGUCCUAUAAGGAUCAUAGUGGACGAACAAAAGAGCGAGUCUCCAUCUCCUAUUAACAUGAACCCUUUUUCUGAACCUGAUGUGAUUCUGGAAAGACCAAAAACACCAAUCCUUAAAAUAAUUACUGGAGAAGUUAAAAACCGUGAUGGUUCAGUGUAUAUCGAUCCUGAAACAGAACGAUUCACCGAUGAAAUACUUGCAAAUGAGUUUAUAAAUCCCUUCUUUCUUCAUCGUCACCAAAGCCAAAAUGACGAGACACUACCUAUAACGGAUUUUAUUAUAGGUGCGCCAGUAUCUUUGCCCCCCUUAAUCAGAGCAACAACACCCGAACCACAUAUGGAAUCAUUACUAAUUACUAGUCAAGAAAACACAGCAGUACUUGUGGACGAUUGUGGAAUCAAGCAAGACAGCAUCAACAAAGAAUCUGCGUCCAUCUUUUCAACGCCAUUACAUUGUAACAAGAUCAAAAUAAAUGAAAUUAACACGGAAGAUAAUCACCAUUCGCCAAUUUCCUCAACGUUCCAUAGUUUAGACACGAACACAGCUAAUACCGACAAUAUAGAAAUAAUAAGCUUACCUAACAUCAGCGAAUAUCAAGAGAGCUUUGAAAUAGAUACACAAUUUGCGAUGGAUGAAACUGUUAAAAAAGAUAUCUGGGAUUCAGCAUACGUAAGUAUAGAUGACAAUAACAGUUCACCAGAUAGCAACAACAAUGAUAACCAAUUGUGUGAGAUAACUAGUAAGCAAAGAUUUUCUCUUAGCGACGACAAUUUUGAAAUUUCUAACAUGGGCCCAGCAGAACGUGAAAUAUGGCAAAGUUGCGCAGAACUUCAAGAUAAUCCACCAAAACAAUACGACGAAGUGAAAAUUAGUAGGUGGGAAGUCAAGAGGCCCGCAUUUACUCCAAUACUAGAAGAGAACGAUAGAAGUAUGUCGACAGGUUUGAAAGAGACUACAAGAUCUGAUACAACACAAACGGUUGACACGGCAGUGGCAUUUCCUGAACUACGGGAUAAGUACGGAAAAUACCUUACUAAUUCCGAUUGUAUUUCAACUGAUUUCAAAGAAAUUACGAUCUCAAACAAAUUUGUCACAGAUAUGACUAAAAGAUACGAAGCGAGUGUCGAUUCCGCAUCUGAAUUACCAGAUGUGAAAAGACACGCGAAGGAAUUAGAAGGUAAGAUUUCUGAGGUUCAGGCAAAUGUCACUGAAUCUGUUUCAGUAAGUCAGACCCUUCAAAAAUAUGAAAACGAGGUACCCAACAAUCAAGGAGUUCUAUUUGGAGAUAGUAACAAAAGCAAUAUUGUGUUAGAAAAGAAACAAUAUUGGGACAAAAAAAUACAAGAAAUUGAAGCCAUGUCAUUAGAGGAAAAUAAAUGUCAACAAAAGCGAAAACGGGUUUCUGCAAGACAUUUAAGGAAUAACGAUUCAUUAACCAAGCGCAGAGGAAAACAAAUUGUCAAAAAUUUCUUAAACGCAAGUGAUCAACAAACAACAAUGACCGAGGCACAGAUACCAAUCAGAUCAAGUCCUUCAAGCCCUGAUUCUCAAACAUCUUUAGAUGAACCUAUGCCCGACGUGAAACUCGUUGACAAAUGGAAAAAAUAUUGGGAUAACAAACUUGAUACCGAAAAAGAUGUUGAAUCUACUCGUUUCAGCGCAAAAUCUCCUAAAAACAAAGAAACGCGUGUAUCACAACAGCCGAAAUACAAAAACGAAGAUACUGUUGAGACGCGCAAGGAACGAUUUGAAAGUAUUACACCUUCGCCCGUCAAGCAAGAAUUACCCGAAGAGGUUUUUAAGGCGUUUGAAACUAGCCCUAAAAGAUUUUUCGGGACAUCCAGGAAACAAAUCCUAAAUAAAAUUGACACUUUUUUAGGAAAGCCAAGCACCCCAGACGAAUCAUCGACAGAAGUUAGCGGUGCUGCCCAUCACGACAUCGGUUUGGUUUCUAGUAGAAUUUCUUUGUUCCAUAAUAUCUCGCAAACAGAGGAGGUAGCUUGGAAGGGAAGAAAAUGUCAAUCCAUGCAUAAUAUUUUCCAACGAAAAGAAAGCAAAAUAAGCAAUAUUUCUGAUGGAAACACGUUUGUAAACGAAGACAAAACAAUUGAUGAAAACGACUCCAAACUACUCGAAGUUACUACUCCUAAUAUAAUGAACAUUAUUGAGACUAAUGCGUUUAAUGUUUCUCAUAAAGACAAAAGCUCUCAAAUGUUAAAUAAAAUUAAAAGUUUCAAAGAGACUACUAAUCAGGACGAGAAACCAAUUCAAGAAUUAGCACUGGAAACACAAACACCUUGUGUCUCAAAAGUUAUAAGCCAAAACAACAGCGCCAGUAAAGUUCAUGGAAAAAGCAAUCCUAUUGCAAUACUUAAAAAGUCGUCCUUCAGCAAAUCUGAAAUGGAUAUUUUCAAGAAAUUUGAACCAAAGCACGAAGAAGACGAUUUCGAUAAAUACAAGUCAUGUGAUGAGUUGCCAAGAAUCAAUGUUAAAAAUUUCAUAACAUUAUAUGAAAGCGUAUCAAAGACUGACAUCAAUCAGCCGGUCAUCAAAUCGAAUUUGAAGAAACUUAACGGUACAUCGUCAGGCCCUGUUAACAAAGGUGGUUUACAACACUUCUCUACGAGACAAUUUUCAUCACUUGACGAACAGACUAACAGUAUGUCGGCUAUUGAUCUGAGGCCAUCAAACAACAGUCGGCUGAACAAAAACUUUGGGAGUGAAAUCUUUAAUUCCAAGAACGUCUCACCUGACGUAAAUAAAACUGAUCUACAAAAAUCUGAAACAGAAAAUACUUACGUCAGUCUUUCGGAUAUAGAAUUAGAAAUAGUGGAAAAGGGUGAGGAGCCUAUGAAAGAGGAGAUAAAAAAAGAUUCAGAUAUUAGUCAUACUGACUACAAAACACGAUUCAAGAUGGCUAAGGAGUUCUUCCAAUCAAUGGAUGAGAUUAGAGAAGUCAACAAAUCUAAGAAACUAAAUGAAUGCGAGAUGUUGCUGUUAAAAACUUCGAUAGAGUCCACAGAAUCUCCAGAACCAGAGAAAGAAAAUAAACAACAGAAAAAGAAAAGCAACAUAAAAAAGUCAUACUCAUUGCCGUCAUCCGAAAUGUCCAAAUACUGGAAUAAAGUUGUCAAGAUCUCUGAAAAGUUCAAUGUAGACGAUCUUUUCAACGAUGUUAUGAAAGGCAGACUGAGUCGACAGGGCAGUUUGAGAGGCAUACCCCAUAAGAAAGCAGUUCUUGAGACUUUUAAAUCUAUGGAAAGUCUAACCGAUAACAAAAUGAGCCCUUAUGAAAUGGCAGUACUACAGCUUCAAGACUUUGCUGAAGAGAACCAGAUUAAAAAUGCUCAGACGUAUUUAACCGAAUAUCCUUACUUGCCGACUACAGAUCCUUCUAAAUAUCAGUCUAGAUUAGAUACUAAAGCUUCAGGUCUUGUUACUUUAAAAGAAUUAAAGAAAAUUAAUCAAAAGCCUAGAAGGAACAGUGUGCCAGAUUUAAGAUUGAACACAAAAUUCACGGUUAAUUUAUAAUUACGUUUUAAUUCAGUGACAUUGUUUAAGGUCCUACACCGGUGUUCGCAAGUCAGGUCCGAAGAGGAAGACGUAAGAGAUAGCAACAAUUUACCAACUUAGGACCUAGAUUUUAGGAAAUAAAAAUGACAGUAUUUGCUAGUACCUAAAAGUUAGUGUAAUACUCAGUUUUGAUGUCGCUAAAGUUUAAUUUCUUUCAUUCAUUUUGUGCUGUUGUUUAAGAAUUUAUGUUUUCAUACUUAAUGUAUUAUUUAAAAAUAGUACGGUUAGGCUAAAGCUCAUGUACAAUUGUACAGACUCUGAAUCUAAUUGUUAAGUUUUAAGAAUAAUUAAUAUCC